AUGGCGGCAGGUUCAAACUCAAACCUCAGAAUCACCAUUGAAAGAAACCCUCCCCAGUCACGCCUAGCUGAGUUGAAUAUCAAGUGCUGGCCCAAGUGGGGUUGCUCUCCGGGGAAGUACCAAUUGAAGUUUGAUGCAGAAGAGACAUGCUACUUGCUGAAGGGGAAGGUGAAGGCAUACCCAAAAGGGUCAUCAGAGUUUGUGGAGUUUGGAGCUGGGGACCUUGUCACAAUUCCAAAAGGACUCAGUUGCACUUGGGAUGUGUCUGUUGCAGUGGAUAAGUACUACAAAUUUGAAUCAAAUUCUUCUUCUACUUCAUCAUCAUCAUCAAAUUGUUAA